UAAUCUUGUUGGCAUAACUUUUCUAUAUCGAGAAUUAUAAGUAUGAAUGACUAAUGUUGUGUUCAAGGAAACAUUACAAACUCAACAUUAUGCAAUAUUAGAUGAGCGGAAGAAGUAUAACACAAUAAGAUCACCUUAAUGCCGCAAGUACGUACAAGAAUAAACUUGUCAAAGAUAAUACAUGCACAAUGCACAUGAUUGAUUAAAAUCAUCGUAUCAAAAUGUAUUAUCUUCCACACACAUACACAAAAAAAAAACGUAGAGAGUACUAAUAAAGCCAUAAAUGUUGCUUAAUCCUUAGAAAAAAAAAUUAGUACUCCAUAGAAAAACAAGGGAUGUUAGUAAAAUGACCCUGUUAGGACCCCUUCAAUUGGUAGACUAGUAUAUAUACAAGCUACUUAAAUUUCACAUCGACAAAACCAACUUAAAGUAUCUUCUAAACAAACACAAUUUCUUCCAAUUCAUCGUGCUAAAAUGAGCAUUAUUGUAUCCAAAUUACCUUCAUUGUCAAUCUCACAAAUGUUAUUAGUCAUCCUAAUUUUCCUAGGGUCGAUUAGAUUAGUAUACCCGAGUAUUGAUUUAAAUCCCUUCGAUCGAAUUGAUGUUCUAACCCUUUUAAAACCGGUUUAUGAUACCAAUGAUCCAAAUUGUCAAUCACCAAAUCCACCUGGAGUGCAUCCGGUUUACAAUAUUGAUAUUAAUUUGUUGCAAUUUGCACAAAAUAUUGAGCAUUUGGAAGCUGAUUUCUUCUUGUGGGGUGCACUAGGGUUUGGCCUCGACGAGGUUGCCCCUGAGCUAACCCUUGGUGGUCCACCUCCAAUCGGGGUCCGAAAGGCUAACCUUAACAACUUAACAGAAAAUAUCAUCAAAGAAUUUGCUUAUGAAGAAAUUGGACACUUAAGGAUAAUAAAAAAGACAGUUGGAGGACUCCCAAGGCCAUUGAUGGAUUUAAGUCCAAAUUUUUUUGCAAAAAUCGUAAAUAAAGCGUUUGAAAGAGAUCUUGAGCCUCCAUUUGAUCCAUACAGAGACAAUCUCAGCUACAUGUUGGCUUCAUACAUUAUUCCUUACUUGGGACUUAAUGGUUAUGUUGGUGCUAACUCACAGAUCAAAGGUUAUGCUUCCCGAAGGCUCCUAGCAGGACUUUUAGGAGUUGAAAGCGGACAAGAUGCUGUAAUUAGGACGUACCUAUACGAGAGACAAAGGAAUAGAGUACAACCAUAUAAUUUUACCGUGGCAGAAUUUACAAAUCGCAUUUCAACUCUAAGGAACAACCUAGGCAAGUGUGGCGUCAAAGACGAAGGCAUUGUAGUCCCACCGGAGCUCGGAGCUGAGGGCAACUCUUCCACGAACAUCUUAUCGGCGAACGCUGACUCGAUUUCCUAUGCUCGAUCCCCUGAAGAAAUACUUAGGAUUUUGUAUGAUACAGGCGAUGAGCGUGUUCCUGGUGGGUUUUACCCCAAGGGGGGUAAUGGUCAAAUUGCUAGGUCGUAUUUGUAAGAUUUAAUCGUAUAUUGUAUAUACUUAUAUACGAAGUACGGAGUAAUAAUUAUCUACUGUACUACCUCU